GUUCCCUUCCCUUCUAUAAAUUUUCCUCCUCCCUGUCUGUUCCUCACAUCUCACUUUCUGCCUCUAUCAUCAAACUCCUUGAUCGGAAAAAAUUAAGGAGAGGAGGUUUGCAUGAGUUGAAGGUGGGAAUGGACUCCCAUGAUCAUGAUCAAGGCAGUUCAUGGCAGGUGAUGAACAUGGUCAUACGAGAGUUGCUCAAGGGGCAGGACUCGGCCACUCGCCUGCAAGCCCUGCUGCAGCUCAAGGAGAACCUUCCUCCAGAGAACUAUUCCGGCCCAGCGAAGGAUUUGCUCGUCGAGGUACUGGGCUCCUUCUCGAGAGCAAUCUCUGUUUUGGGAACGGAAACGACGGCUGAAGCACUACUUGGCCAUGCCAACUUGCCCAGUUUUGAUGAACAGAAGAGUGAAAGCUCGAUGAAGAUCCGACCACCAAGAAGAUCCGGAUACAGAAGAAGAUCACAUCCAUACACAUGCAGAACAGUUUAUGCCAAGGAUAUCGAAGACGGCUACACUUGGAGAAAGUAUGGCCAAAAGAUCAUAUAUGGUACUACGCAUCAAAGGAGCUACUUUAGAUGCACGCACAAGUUUGACAGAGAAUGCCAAGCCACGCGACAAGUCCAGAAGACAGAGGAUGCCUCGAUGUUCGCCAUCACCUACAUGGGAGAACACACAUGCAUGGACGCGACCAAGUCGGCAGCAGCACCUUGUAUCAUCAGUUUCAAAACAGCGGGGGAUACUGCAAACACUAAACGAGAAGCUCCUCUGUUUUCUGCACCACUUCUUCCCUCAAUGAAGCUGGAAUGCGAUGAAGAAGUGCUAAGCGGUCACUCACCUCGCAGUGCUUCAUCAGAAUUUCUAGUGUUCCCUGACUUGUCGGACUUGGAAGGCUCUGCUCCGGCGGCACUUUUCGCCGGGGGUGCUUCAGAUCAAUACGAUGUUACGUCGAGCAUUAAUCAGUCUCCGACCAGCUGCUUAGAUAUGGAAUUCGAUCCUGAGACCUUCAUCUUCGACGAUAUGCUGGACUUUGGCGACAUUAACUAAAUCACUAGUUAGCUAGCUAGGUUAUGGCUACAAGUAUGGCGUAUAUUCUAAGUGGUCGUUGGAUACCACCAAAUAAUCUACGAUGAGCUACAAUGUAUGCGAUAUUCGAAAGUUUCACUUGAUAAUGCAAGUCUUAGAGAGGUUAGGCCAAUAAAAGCUUAAGGACUGACUUCUAUCCAUUUGGAUAAGAACGCCAACUACCAGCAAAGAAAGAAAGGAAAAAAAUUAUAUCAAAUUGUUUGAAUGUUCAAACAAUUAUUUGUGUCCCAUUUUCCCCGAAGAUGGAGUUAAUUAUGUUACUGAAGAAAAAUUUAAAGGGAA